CGCGUGGCCAUUGGUUGAAACCAUAGGUGUGUCAGGGGGUGUGCGCGCCGUGGCCUCGCCGCUACGUUAUUUCCUGUAGAGGAUGAGCGGAGGUUUGCCAGCACGUAGGGAGACGACGCAUCAGGUUUUUAGCAGAGCCGAGCGGGAUCUGAGCGUCCCGCGACCGAGGCGUCCGUCCCGGCUGCAGCAGCUGGAAAUGCUUCGGAUUGCAGCCGCUGAGUCUGGUUCAGCUUGAUCUCCACCAUGGCAGGGGAUCUCUUUAGCCCCCCGUCCCCACUUGGGGAUUCCCUACUGGACAGUCCGCUGUGUGGAGACCUGAUGGCGGAUCUUCACAACAUCUCCCAGUCUAUAGAAGACGACAUGUUGGGAUUUGAUUUCCCGGUGUACCAGAGCACUGGCUCGGGGUCCGAGAGCUCCAUUGCACUGGACACCUUGACCCCGGCCUCCAGUCCAUCGUCGGUGGUGUGUGGAGCAGCGCCGGGCCCAGAGGAGAGCUUCAGCCCCCUCAACCUGGAGUGCCGGGUGUGCUCAGACAAGGCCUCAGGCUUCCACUACGGGGUGCAUGCCUGUGAGGGCUGCAAGGGUUUCUUCAGAAGGACCAUCCGGCUAAAGCUGGAAUAUGAUAAGUGUGAACACAACUGCAAAAUCCAAAAGAAGAACCGCAACAAGUGCCAGUACUGCCGAUUCCACAAGUGUCUCUCUGUGGGGAUGUCCCACAACGCUAUUCGGUUUGGUCGGAUGCCUCAGGCGGAGAAGCUAAAGUUAAAGGCAGAAAGCAAAAUGGUGGAGAAAGAAGUGGAAAGCCCCAUGCUGGCCGACCACAAGAUUCUGGUCGGACAGAUCCACGAAGCCUACAUGAAAAACUUCAACAUGAACAAGGCGAAAGCUCGGCUCAUACUGACCGGAAAGACCAGCAAGCCGCCUUUCAUCAUUCAUGAUAUGGAGACGUUCCAGCUGGCAGAAAGGACAUUUGCCGUCCAUAUGUUAAACGAUGACUGUCCAGAGCCCGAGAGCGGCCUUCAAGCAGGGGCGGUGAUUCCGGCUGCGGGGUGUAGGGAGCUCCAGCAGAGGGAGGCUGAAGCCAGGCUCUUCCACUGCUGUCAGAGCACCUCGGUGGAGACCGUCACCGAGCUGACGGAGUUUGCCAAGGCAGUGCCGGGUUUCCAGAGCCUGAAUCUGAAUGAUCAGGUCACUCUUUUGAAGUACGGUGUUUACGAAGCCCUCUUCACGCUCCUGGCCUCCUGCAUGAACAAAGACGGCCUCCUGGUGGCCCGUGGUGGAGGCUUCAUCACCCGAGAGUUCCUCAAGAGCCUCCGGCGGCCAUUUAGUGACAUGAUGGAGCCCAAAUUCCAGUUUGCCACACGCUUCAAUUCCCUGGAGCUGAACGACAGUGACCUGGCCCUUUUUGUGGCAGCCAUUAUCUGCUGUGGAGAUCGCCCAGGCUUGGUGGAGGUGCCUUUAGUGGAGCAGCUGCAGGAAAGCAUCGUUCAGGCACUACAGCUCCACCUGCUGGCCAAUCACCCGGACGACACCUUCCUCUUUCCCAGACUGCUACAGAAACUGGCCGACCUCCGAGAGCUGGUCACCGAGCACGCUCAGUUGGUGCAGGAAAUCGAGACAUCAGAGGACACGUCGCUGCACCCGCUCCUGCAAGAGAUAUACAGGGACAUGUACUGAGAAGAUGGCACAUGAUCAUGAACAGGGACAUGUAUUAGAAUAUGUAUGUAUGCCACUCUAAACUGGGUGUCCAUACAUACAGUAUUUACUUAAACUAUCAAGCAUAUCAAUGUGCUGUAAUUUGCUUAUCUAAUGUGCAGCUUAGGGGUGCACACUGCUGUGAUUUGCAGUGUUUGCAUCAAGACUCUGUGUCUUUUUACUGGAACAAAACAUAAUGAAAUUAUUUUGGGGGGGAAAGACAGCUCAUGUAGACAGCGCUCCUGCUUCCAUGAAAGGGGACACGGGGAACAAAGUUUUUGAUGGGAUGUGUUAAGAUAUAUUUUUUAAAUGCAUUGAUUUUUAACUUGGAGCACCCAAAUGCUAUGGAGUGGGUUCUGGAUGCCAGCCUUUACUCUACACACUGAACAAAAGAUGAAUAGGGAGUAGGCUAUGCACAUAUGCCUAGCAUUUACAAUGGGUGUAAACAUAUAAAAGCUACCAGGACGAGACUGCUGCAAUCAUGUCUGCACUGAUGCUCAAUAUUAAUUUUUCCUGUGAACAAGUUGAAUUGUGGUAAAAGAUGCUUAGAAGUUGUAACAUUUUUAAUCUUUGAGGCAACUAGGAUGUUGAUUGUGCAAUAUAGGCACUACAAUCAAAUACCAGGCAUAUUCCUAAUAUUUUGGAUAUUUAGUGCAUAUGUUAAUUUAAGUCCCUUGGAUUUAGUUCAUAUAAUUGUCAUGUACUUUCAGUGUGUACUAGUACAUCUCUAUUUUGAGCUUAGUGGUUGAAGAAACUUAGUAUUCACCAAGUGCCAUAACGUUUUAAUGCCUCAGCACAUAUUUUAACCACACCUUAUACAUUCACCUCAUAACAAAUCUAGUUAAGCUUUUUUCUUAGUAGAAACAAGUUUAACUUUUUAGUGUUGGAUCAGGGAAUGUUCCCACAAAAUACAAAAAAUACCUUACUACUCCUGCUAAGCAGACAUCAUUGUAAUUCUGUAUGCAAUAUAUUACAUACAGAAUUACAAUGAUGGCUGCUUUUAGUAUUUUACCCUACUGAUAAAUACCAACACAACAUGAUAGCUAUCCAACCUAUUUUCAGAAUUUGUUUUGUACAAAUCCUGCGGUUAAGAGACAUUUUUGGCCAGUUAUUAUUAUCAGAAACAAUAAUCUGAUAAGAUAGUUUGUUUUAUUUUGUAAAUAUAAUAGAAGAAUGUCUGUAUCUGCAGUAAAACAGAGGAGGUGAUUGCCUCUUUUGCUGUACCUGUAUUAUUGAAACUGUUUAUAUUUUUUAUCAUGUACAGUAGUGUACAAUAAAAA